AUGUCACACUGGGACAUCAACACCACUACACCAGCCGUGGGCCUCACCCUAGCCACCCUCCAAGCUCAACUCCUCGGCUCCGACCGCGGCAACGCCGUCUUGCCUUCGGCAGCAGUAAUGAACGAGAUGGAGCGGCAAGAAGCGCAGCGGCAGCAGCAACGCCGCACGCUACGUCGUGACCAGGAGGCCGCCGAAAGGCGCAGAGCAAGAUUGUUUGAGACGGAGGAGGAGAGGAGGGAGGCGGAGGAAGAUCUGAAAGAUGAGGAGACGAUUGCGGAGAUUGAGGGGUGGGUGAGGGUGGAGUUGACGGAGGAAGGGGUGGGGAUGUUGUGGGAGGUGCUGGGGAUGAGGCUGGGUAGUGGUGAUGUUGUUUGGGUGAGGAGGGAGCCGGAGGAGGUGAGGAGGAGAUGA